UCCACCGUGGCCUCCACUCCACCAAUCUCCACCACACCACACCACACCACCACCACUCCACUGAAUCAAUUCAUCAAUUGAUUCAUCAAUUGAAUUAAUCUUCUUUCACAUCUCUCUCCUACCUGACACACCAUUCAACCGAAUCGAUUCACAAAUCGAUUUGCAAAUCGAUUUAGGUACUAAUUGAGAAUGCCUCCAACACCUGCGACGGAAUGGUACGAGAAGAUGGUGGAGCAAGGAACAAUGCCUCUGGGAAUGGCAUGCUGGGAGGCGGAUGAGUAUGGACAGUAUACUAUCCAUUCCAUCGAGCGUUGGUGCUGCGCGAAGAAUAUUCCUCCCUUGGAACAAACGGAUGAAGAAGUAGAGAGCUGGAGCCCACUUUGUGGAAUGAAAUUCGGCGCCGCAGGGGCACUACGGGCUCAUUGCAUCAAGAAACACGAUCGCCCUGGAUACACUGUUAGCGCUGGAAGGCAGGGGGCAUACAGUGACGCCAAAAAAGCAGCGGCAGAAGAGUAUUUCGCGGCUAUGUUCCAGAGACAUAAGGAGGCGAAGGAGGCGAAGGGGGAAGGAUCAAAAAACAAGGGGAGCAGCAGCAAGAAAAAGACGCCGAAGAAGCAACCAGAAAAACCUGCCUCUGAGGAGGAAGAAGAGGAAGAAGACAAAGAAGAGAAAGAAGAAACUCCUCUGCCGACGCCACCUCGAAAGUCGGCUCCAUAUGCUAGCAAGGGGAGUGGAAAAAAGGAGAAUACUAAGCCAAAUGCCCGGAAGAAGAAAUCGGGAGCAAAAUCUCCAGAAGUUGUCAGCGAUGAUGAGCCCUCCCCACCACCAAAGAAGAAGACCAAAGGGGCGAAGAAAUCCGAGGAAUAUGUGACAAUCUCCUCUGACAACGAGAGUUCCGAUCUCCCUGACGACGACGAUGAUAGGCUGAAGACUAAGCCAGACUCAGAGCUCUGCGCUUUCCCAAUCCUUAAGGGUGGUCGGCCUAACUGGACGGUAGCCACCAAAAUUCUCGACGCUCGCCAGGUAUCGAUGCCUUGUGGCGGCUGUCGACCAAAAAAGCGGUGCACUUUCUCUACCGCCUGCCAUAACUUUGGCCAGAUCUUUUCGUUCGACAGGGCUACUAAAAUGAUGAAAUAUGCCUACUAUAAUCAGCCGGCUUGGGAGGCAGCGGCUGCUAAUCGGAAGCCGUUCCUAGAGGGAACAGUUACUGGGAAGUAACUUAGUUGAAUUUUGAAUUGAUUAGGGGGACACAGGCUUAGGCGUUAGGCGUUUGAAUUUUAUUUAGCUUAUCAAAAGUUGGUGUUAGGAGUUGAAAUAAAACUGGUUUGAAAAUUCGAUUCAGGAAUCGUUUCAGGAAUCGAUUCGACAAUCGAUUUGAAAGGGAAUGUAUUCCCUUCUUUUAUCUUACCACUAUAACUACCCGCCUUUAUACUUAGUAUACCUACAC